AUGUCAGGCGCAUCAAGUUGGCUGCAGAAGAUGCGGAAAGCCGACCUGCUAGAGCUGUGCGAUUCCGUCGGAUUCAAAGACUACCCAGGAAUGAAGAAAACAGAAAUUGAAGUCGCGCUUGACGAUUACCUUCAUGAGCACUCCUCCCAAUUCUCAGGAGAGACGCGCCUCGCACCAUUCUACAAGACCAGGGGACGCAGUGAACACUCUCCAGUCAAGAAGGAAGUUGCGCCAAUCGGUUAUGAUAUUGAAACCAAAGCCCGCACUGUGAAGCGCAGAGUUACAAGAGCUGCGGAGGAAUUACUGGCGACAGAUGAUUCGGAAUCCGAACCAACAACUGCACGGGCUCGUACCGCCCUGACAAGAACGCCAGCACGCUCCUCGGCGCUUUCCAAUCUAUCAUUCGCAUCGAAUGUGCCGUUACCGCCAUCGCCGGCUGUGGUAGCUGACGCGAUCGACCGUCGGACCGCCGUCCUACGCUCAAAAAUAUCCGACGCGUAUGAUGAAUCAGGAAUCAGCGAGACCACACAAGCAGCGCGCGAAAGCCUAUCCACCUUGACUGCCAUCCAGGCAGUAAUCGUGCUAUUCGAGUUGUUUAGCCUGCGGAAAGAAAUACUGCCCGAUCGCUACGCGUUCACCAUCCCCGAAAUCCAAUUCCUGCACACAAGGGAAUACCCUGUCUCGGUCCCAGAUCUCUUCCUCCUCCUGACAAGCUCAUUCUGGGGCCCUGCCACGUUGUGGACCGCCACAAGUCUCAUCCUCCCCUUGUUCGCGGCAUACUUCUUCAACUUGACGAGCAAACCCUCCCGUGGACGAAGCCAAAACGCGCAUUUCAAUUACGCGUUUGAUCCGUUGACGUUUAAUAUCGUCAAGGCGCUGUUGUCAUUCGUCGUAUACGGACAAGGCGUCACAUUUUGUGGGCUUGUUGAUCUUGAGAAUGUCGCGAGGAUCAAUUCUGCCAUAUAUGGCGGAUGGUCGGGUGUGAUGGUUGGAACAGGAAUUGGUGCUUUGGUCACAUUGUAUGAGGCGGUUUUGAGGAAGUAA